CAUACUGGACAGAUUAUAGACUACAUCCCCGUGGAAGGAAAAGGAGCGGACAUACACAGGUCCCUCUCACUGUCACGAUGCGGGGCAUGCAGGAGAGUCUGUGGGUCCUACCUCUGAUACUACUGGGGCUGUUACAGCACUGGGCUGCAGGCGACUCAUUCAGUCAGGUGUGUUACCCAUCAAAAGAUGGCACCAUCUAUAACUACAAUGCUAAGACCCUGAAUGGGAGUCGUUCAGUCUCCCUCAGUGAGUACAUGGGGAAGACCGUCCUCUUCGUCAACGUAGCUUCUUACUGAGGACUCACCUUCCAGUACCUGGAGUUGAAUGCACUACACAAGGAGAUGAAGGAUUAUGGGUUCACCAUUCUCGGGUUCCCCUCCAAUCAGUUUGGAAAACAGGAGCCAGGAGACAAUCAUGAGAUUCUGGCCUCUCUAAAGCAUGUCCGACCAGGAAAUGGAUUCGUUCCAAACUUCCUGCUAUUCCAGACGGGGGAUGUGAACGGAGACACAGAACAAGGAGUCUACACUUUCCUCAAAAACUCCUGCCCGCCGGUAGGGGACAGCUUUGGGAACCCCACCAGCAGGCUGUUCUGGGAGCCCCUGAAGAUGAACGACAUCAAGUGGAACUUUGAGAAGUUCCUGGUCGGACCGGACGGAAAGCCCGUGAUGAGGUGGUUCCCCCGGGUCACAGUGUCUGAGGUUCGGAUGGACAUCAUCAAAUACUUCAAUCAACUCUUAUCCCAGUCCACCCAGCAGAACAUUGACUAAGGUUUUACUGUGGAUGUGUCCCAAAUGUACAGUAUUCCCUAUAUAGUGCAUUACUGGAAAUUCAUUACAUGAGGAAUAGGGUGUCAUUUGCGACUCAGCCUGUGUUGUCAUCAGGGCUGGGGUCAAUUCCAUUUCAGRUGAGUAAAUUGAAAUGGAAUUCAUUCCAUCCCCGAUAGGCUGGAUUAGACUUUUUAAAAUAGAUUUAUUAGAGAACGCCCCUUUAGAUACAUGAAAUCACAGUUUCCAGGGUUCAGAUUAAACUUCUUUCUGGACUAAAAAGCCCUUUCAAAUUGAAAUCAUCCAAUGACCAUGCUUCACAUUAUAAUUUCAGGCUUAAUCUGGAUCAGGAAAACCAAAAUGGUCCUAUAACACUUUUCCCCCAUCCUUUUCAACCCCCCCCCUCUUGUAAAAAACAGACAAACCAUAUGUAGAGUAGAAGGUCUAGAAAUCAGUUGAUGGUGGUACUGGGUAAGGGUUGUAGGUCAUAGAGGAGGUGGCAUGUUGUAUGAAGGUGAGGCUUGAAAACAGUGAUUCUGUGUUGCCAAGCCUGAGUUCUAGGGUCCAGGCCAGUCCUUCAGUGCAUUCAGGCUGGGCCUGGUAACCCUGGGAGCCAUACUACCUCCUCGUCCUACCACCCAGACCAGACGCCUGGUUACCCACUGUUGCUGCCUGACUAAUUCAUGUCAAUAAAUCACAUCAAUGCAACAUG